UAAGGUUUUUAAGGAUCGACAGGCAUUAGGUAAUCAUAUUAAAACACAUUUAGAUGAUAGUAAUGAUGAUUUACCUUUGUUAGAUCAACCAAUUCGCAGAAUUUUUUUAAUUGAAACAACCCGAAUUUUAAAUGAAAAAAAUAUAUUUGAAAGACAAACCAUGCCUGAAAGAAUGGAAACAACUUCUUUUGAUGUAGAUAAAUCUAUUGAAGAACAAGACAUCGAUAUUCUAUCCUCUAAUUGCACAAGUGAACCUCAAGGCAGUGAUCCAUCUGACGAAGAAUAUACAGCAUCUGAUCUGUCAGACAUGACAGAAGUUAAUGCUGAUGAUUGU